AUGGAACUGGGCAAACUAUCGUUUUGCGUGGCCAUUCUGUUUAGCCAAUGUUGUCACUGUCUGCCAACGGAACAUCCAACAGCAGCCAAGGUAGCAACAGCCUUCCACCCUUUGGUCACUGGAGAGGCGGUACCACCACUGGCGAAACGUGAACCAAUGAGGGAUUAUAUCAUCAACAAGGACUACGCCGAAGCACAGGCCGCAAAGACUAGAUCGUCAACAUCAUCUGAGGCUCCAGAACCCUGGUUGAGAACGAUAUAUUCCACAGUUCCGGAGAUUGUCACUCCCACAGUUAUUGGAGGCAUCACUUUCGGUGCCAAACCUCCAAAAACGACCGAUGGAUUGGAGCCUUGGGUGUCGCUCAAAAAGGAUGGUUCUCCGAACACUAUCAGACCCAAGAUGAAGGAUGGCAAAAUCAAAGACGGUAGGCCAAACUAUUCGACUUAUUUUGAAUCUGUCGUUACAAUGACCUAUAGCAAGGAAGAGUUGAAAGCCCAUAACAUGAAAGAGGAUGAAAUAUUUGUACACAAGGAAUCAAUUCCUGAGGACCAGACAUAUGUGUCCUUGAAUCCAUUGAUCCGUUGUACUCCGCAGUUCUACCAUAAAAAGGGUCUUGCUAAACACGAAUCAAGCGAACCAAUUUGUUUCCCACAUGAAGAUCAGAAAAUCAAGCUAGGGAAGGUACACUUUUUGAGCUGGUAUACACAUUAUUUCACCGAAGGGGAUGACGAUCAAGAACAGACGGUCGUAGAAAAAGUCAAAAUACAUUUUGCUUAUCUUAAACCAUCAGCACAGAAAAAGGAUAUGCGUAAGAGAGAGAUUCCAAACGUUCCCAAAGUGAUCCCAGCUGAAAACUACGAAACUUUCCAGGGUGAUAUUCCUGGUACCUUCUUUUCGUCUGAGUGGAUACCAAACACCGACGGAUAUUUCCCCAUUGAAGUCAAAGAGGAAUGGUUAAAGGGUAAGCAGUUUAGAUUGGUGUUCAUUGGUAUUCAGCCAGAAAGUGUUUCCGACGAGGAUUAUGAUCUUCUGAAUGGAAGCGGAGUUAUGGUUCAGUUUGCCAAAGGUGCCGUUGUCUCAAAAACUACGAAGCAAGAUAUGGCAAUACAAGAGUCACCCAGAACAGGUGACGAUAUGUACUAUAUUAUCAUGACCAUGCCAACGGUCGUGGUAUUGGCAGUGUGUUUCAUGUAUUUGUUCCUGUACCUGAAAAGAAAUCAAAGAGACGUUUCCAAGAUCAAGAAACCAAAACGUAGCCGAUUUGGGCUACAUAAAAAUGUCCCACCAGAAUAUGAUCGUUUGCCUCGUUUUAACGGAGACGUUCGGAUGAACAACAUGAAAAGUUCCUGA